AUGUCUUCUGCCGCGUGUAUUUUCUGCAAGAUCAUCAAGGGUGAUAUCCCCUCUUUCAAGCUCUUCGAGAGCGAGAAGGUCUUUGCCUUCCUUGAUAUCCAGCCUCUUAGCCGUGGCCAUGCGCUCGUGAUCCCCAAGUUCCACGGUGCAAAGCUUACGGAUAUCCCGGAUGAGGAUCUCACUGAAAUCCUGCCGGUGGCAAAGAAGGUUGCCAAGAUCUCCGGUGCAGAGGACUUCAACAUUCUGCAGAACAACGGCCGCAUCGCUCAUCAGGUCGUCGACCAUGUUCACUUCCACAUGAUCCCCAAGCCUAACGAGACGGAGGGUCUUGGUAUCGGCUGGCCAACUCAGGCCACGGACAUGGACAAGCUCAAGGCCCUGCACGAGGAGCUCAAGUCUAAGAUGUAA